ACCAGCACCUCACUCCUCAGAUCACCAAGAGCUCCAGUACAGUACAGCCAUGGUGAUGUUGUCCUUCCUCGUGGUGGCAGCAGCUGUGGUGGCCCCAGCCCUGUGCAACCCUCUGCGCCAGGAUCCUCCCCGCUACCGGUGCAAUGAUGACUAUGUCCUGCUGGAAGAGACCUGCUUCCGGGUGAUGAACAGGUCUGGAACAUGGUUUGAAGGCCAGGAUGCCUGUAAUGAAGAAGGAGCAACACUGGCCACCAUCUCUAGUGACUUCCAACAAGAUGCUCUCGCUGAAAUACUCACUGACAGUGUCUGGAUUGGCUACAAUGACCUGAAGGAUGACCAUACAUAUGGCUGGGCUGAUGGCAAUGACAACAAUUACACCAGAUGGGAUGACGGUGAACCAAACAACUCUGGAGCCAUUCUCUGGAUCUUUGGGGACCGGGAGGACUGUGUGGAGAUGCGGAAGAAGAAAGGGUACCGGUGGAAUGACGAGCAGUGUGAUGAGACCAGAGGAUUCCUGUGCAGCACUCCAGCUGAGCUUAUCACCACCACCACCACUACGACCACCACCACCACCACCCCCGCCCCUGAGUGUGAAGAAGACUGGACAAUGUUUGAGAUGUCCUGCUACCAAGUGAGUGAGGAUGAGGCCACCUGGGAGGAUGCCAAAGGUCUGUGCGAAAACGACGGUGCCUUCCUCGCUUCCAUCACCACUGAGGACGAGCAGAACUUUGUGGCAGGAAUGCUUCAGCAGAGUACUUGGAUUGGCCUCAAUGACCUGGAGGAUCCUGGAAACUACACCUGGGAUGACUGCACUGAAUUCAUCUACAGCAACUGGGGAGAGAAUGAACCCAACAACUUCUACUCCAUUGGUGGUUUCCUGACAGCAAGUGAGGAUUGUGUGGAGAUGAGGGAGCAGUUUGGCUAUCAGUGGAAUGACAAGAGGUGCAGCACAAAGAAUGCAUACAUCUGCGAGAAGCCGCCUCAGUAAGAUUCUGCCCUGAUCCUUGCCUGCCUCUUCUAUGGCUAUGCUGGAAUAACACCCACACGUUCCUUGGAUUUUGCACCUCAGAGCCACCAGCAACUAUAUAUCCAGCCUCUUCAAUGCACCUUCAACACCUGAGAGGAUAUACUGAGCUGGAGCAACAUUCAAGACCUCUUUGGCCUUCUCAUCUCAGUCAUCACCAAUUUGCUGUUUAUACCAAUCUAUACCAAUCUCUUCAUUCCAAAACGUAACAGAAUGCACUAUGCUUCUUCCAGGCUUUACUGUCAAGACUAUUCAAACAGCACUGUGUUAAAUUCACAGGUGUAAUCUCUGCAUUUUGUCUCUUCUAGUAUCACUUUGCAUGAUCUACUGACAGCAUAUCAAUUUUUUUCUUCCUCUGCGAAAGCUUGCUUAUAUGUCGAUGCAGGAAGGCUGGUAGCAGUUUCUCAUAAGUACUAAUGUGAUUUCAUUCUCCCUGGCAAUAAGCAGGUCCUCAAGACACAAUUUGGUCAUCAAGACAUGUAUAAUCCUUAGUCUGUGGCUUGAGAACUACUGCCAUUGAUAAAGUUUUUUGUUCAGCAAAUAAAAAUAAAACUCAA